AUGUACGAGUUCAACAUAAUCAAGAUGCUCUUAGAGUCUUGCUUCGACAAUCCACAAGACGACAUGCACCCCAUCAUCCCUGGCAUCGUCGGCACUCUGCUGGGCGCUGUCCUGCUCGGCCCGUGGGCUACACAAUUCUGGAACUCCAACUGGGUUCAGACGAAAAUUGUACGCAAGUACAUUCGCAGCACAACCGACGUCGAAGCUAGGAAUAUCGACCAUCGCUCAAACCAAGAGCUUCGCAAACGCGUCCAGCAGCUCGAAAUGCGCAAUUGGCGCCUCGAAGAGGAGAACAUGCACAUGUCAACCGAGCUUGGUCGUGGGCAAUCUCGCAUGUCGGACGACGAAUGGCACGCGGGCGCAACUCAGUCACAGCUUUGUUGA